GCGCCGAGAUAGGCGGUCGAUCGAUAGUUGCGAUCGAUGGGUUAACAAAAUUGGUUAUUUCUAUGUUCAAGAAUUCAAAUGGCAACUUAAGACAACGAAAAGGCAACGACGAUGGCAACACUGGAACCCACAAUCGAUAAACGCGAUCGUGGUGAGAUUCCAGGGAGUUGCCGGACCGAGGGAAAGCGAAAUGGUGACUUUUAGUUUGGGGAAAUGUCUGGGCGGGAAAAUUCGAAUUCCACGCAGGGAACUGUCUGGGGAACUGGGAACUGUCUUGGGAACUGGGAACUGUUAGCGUACCACUUGAGUCGCCAAGCCACUUGACGUUCACGGACAGCGCCAGCUUUGCCUGAGCUACCUUUUCUAUUUUUACUAACCCUAGCUUAUAAACUCCUUGUGUGGGAGACAAUUAUGAUGACUCUGUACCUUUGUAUAUCUUAGAACAUAAGCAAUGCAAUGUAUUUUUAACUAACAGCCCCAUACCACUUCUUUGCUAUGGUGCCCCCCUUGACUCUGAAAAACGUGUAUAUAAACCCGACCUUUUGCCCUAAUAAAGUCAGUACUCAAGCAAUACUUGUGUAUUCAACUACUCUGCGUUCUACGAGUGAGCAUCGCUGUGUCUUUGGCCCUCAUACGCAUGAUCCCUCCGAGUUAAACCAAUUUAAGUGUUGGUUUAGCAACCUAUCGUCACUAGAGUAUGUUCUAGGGGCAACCAUUCCUAUAAAUAAUAAAAAAUAAAACUACAAACAUUUUGGUGACCCCGACCAUUGCAUGAAAUUCUAGUCAACUUGGCGACUAAUUUCUGCACAUACUUUGCUAGACAGAUUCCCGAUCAACUUGGCGAUCGGAUCUUCUAGAGUUAAAGUUGUGAAACCCUUGUUCAAUAAUUCAGAUAUUGAACAAAAUUCAUAACAAAGGGAAUUUUGCCACGAAUAAAUUUCGUGGGAGAGGGAGGGUCAUAGGAUGCGGAUACCGUUACCGGGUAACGCAUACCAAAGCGGGGACCCGUCGGAGCCCGUAGCAAGGGAAAGUCCAAAGGCCGCCGCGGAUAACGGAACCGGAAACAUGGGCAACAGAGGCUUCGUCAGCGCGCGAGCGCCACAAGACGGGCCUAUUGAAAUCAGGUCGCCAAGAUGCAAGCACGCAGCAGCAGCAACAGUCAGGUCGUGAGGGGACAGGGGCGGGGAGGCAGCACCGGGCAACAGCCAGCGGCGAGAUGGAGGCGGGACUCAGGUUCCGCACUUCAGCUGCUGGCGUCCCCCCUGGUGUCGCGGUCCUCGUCGCCGAACCCCGAAUGGGAGGACGAGGAGCGCAUAACGGAUAUAGAGCUGGAGGAGAAGGCCGGCGUCCGGCCGGCAGGGCAGGAGGCCGAGGUGACAAACAUCGACCUGUCUUCGUUCGAGGAGGAGGAGGAGGAAGACAAGGAGUACACCGGGACGGAGACGGUGAGUCCAGAGGUCUCCUCGGACGAGGAGGACGAGCCAUGUCGGGCGGCGAAGGCCCGGAUGGCAUUCCGUCGAAUAAGGAGGGCCGCAGCCGGAUUCGGGCGGAUCUGGUUGGGCGACGCAGCGCCAUCGGGCCACCCGGAGGAGGCAAAGCGUAUAUUCGCAACCCGGGCAGAGGUGGUGCGGCGAGUAUUCGCGCAGCGGGCGGUGGCACGGGCAGCCGCAGCAGCCAGGGAGUGGCAAAAGCGGCUGGAUGAGGCUGAGGCCGAAGAGGCAGCAAUCUGGGCACGGCCAGGCCCUCCGGAGCAGCCGCCGCUGCAAGCACCUCCACCGCCGUCGCCACCGCCGUCGCUGUCGCAGCCGCCACCACUGUCGCCGCCCCGGGCAGCAUCACCGCCACCGCCACCACCCGGAGACACCACCGCCGCCGUGGGUGCCAACGCCUUCGCCGUUGCCAGCAAAACGGCUCGGUGGGGAGCCGGACUUCUGGGAGAAGGGGCCCUGGGUGUGGCCGACAUCAGGAGUGCUAGUGACGUCGUGCCCGGAGCCGCGGUCCCCACCAGCCAGGCCGUCAGUGUCCCGCCAACAUUCGGCGGACAGCAGCCACUGGCAGGAGAUGGCCGAGGAAGAGUGGCCGCCCAGGGUGGCAGCCGAGGCCAACAGGCAGCAGAGGAGAGCCCGUAG